CUGACCAUGACCACCUCUGCACCAGUUUCGACGAACCUAGUUUCGCUCCCCAGCAUCCAUGAGAUGUUUCCCGAACAUCUAAUGCAUCUCCAGCGACCAUAUACCCACAACAUCCAGACGCCGCAGACGGCGCCACUCAAGCCAUACACACGCCCACACCCUUACUCCACUAACGCACAACGCCCCACAAUCGCCUUGCUGGAUGUUCUGAGCAACAGCAACGAGAGGACAAAUUUCCAUGCGCAUUCGCCCUCUCUAUCGCCCCCAAUGACCAUGGCCGAUUUGCGCCGCGACCCUGAGCGGUCACGGUCUUCGCGGCGUUCGCCUUCCCGCGGGUUGUCAUCAAGCUCACGCUCCCAGUCCCCUCUGCACUCGGAAACCAGCUUGGAUGCGGAAGAUGGCUCACUUGACCUCGCUGAUGGGGACAUCGACGAUGAGGCUGGCAUGUCCGCUCGGAAACACAUUUGCCCGACCUGCCAGAAACGCUUCAACCGUCCCAGCAGUCUGCGCAUUCACAUCAACACACACACGGGCGCGACUCCCUUUCGCUGUCCACACCCAGGCUGCGGGCGAGCCUUCAAUGUCAACUCGAACAUGCGCCGACAUCUCCGGAAUCAUGUUGGCUCUCCAACGUCCCCUGGGACGUCGACAGACGCAGAGAUGUCGCCCACCAGAGACAAAGACAGUUCUCUCCUUGCAGCGACGUCUGGCAAGCCUUCGCGUCCACGUGCCCGGCGAUAA